UUAAGCAAUUUGAGGAAGCUAUGACUCCUGAAGAGAAGCAAAAGCUCUAUGAAGCUAUCGGUUAUCAAGAACAGCCCACUAUAACUGAAUACCCUAAAGAAUUUGUUGAAAAUAAGCUACUGUUUCUUUUGCACAAUUUAACAUUAGUGCUUUCAGAUGAUACAAAAAGUGAACCUCAAGUCUUAAAAGCAAAUUUAAAAGAAGUUUCUGCAAUUGUUGAACAAAGACCAGCUGCUCAAGGCUUAAGUUUUGAUGCCAAAAUUGAAAGCUUUAUUGUAAAAGGUGUGCCUGCUGGAAACAUUGUCCCAACUAUUGCAACAUCUCGUCAAUCAGUAUCAAGUAAUCUUCCACUAUUAAAUAUUUAUUUCGAAGCAAAUCCUUUGGAUGAGUCUUGUGAUCAACGACUGCAUAUUCAUGCACAGCCUCUUGAAAUAACUUACAAUGCUGUAACAGUUAAUAAUCUGGCAGAAGUGUUUAAGCCUCCUGAAAAUACUGCUCUUCAACAGCUUCAAGCAGCAGCUAUGUUAAAAUUGGAGGAUUUGAAAGAGAUGUCUGCAUUUGGUCUACAGUAUGCUAUUGAGCAACAUAAAUAUUUGGAUUUAAAAGUUGACAUGCAGCCUGUUUUUAUUAUAAUUCCUGAAGGAGGAGUGUUUACUGAGAACUCUUACCUAAUUGUUGUCAGUCUUGGCAACUUUAAAAUGGAUAGUCAUAAAAGAGAUCCUACUUCUCCCACUGUGAAAAGUCUCGUUAAAGCUGGGAGUACAGAGGAAGAAGUCUUGUCCACAAUGAUUGAUAAAGCAUAUGACAAAUUUGAAAUAGGAGUAAGGAAUGUUGAAAUACUACUUGCAGCUCCAGAUGAGAAUUGGAAAGAUGCUAUUGGGCAGUUACAUGAUCCCCGACAUUUACUUUAUCCUUUAUCUAUUAAUAUUGAUUUUCACAAAUCUAUAGUUACUGUUGAUCCUAGGAUGCCACAGAUGAAACUUGUUGGAGUUCUUCCACUACUAGAUCUUGACAUUUCUGAUUAUCAGAUAUCAGAGUUGUUAAAGAUUGCCACAAGCAUACCACUUCCAGAAAGUAGUAAUGGUAAUGUACAAGAAGCAUCAUCAGCUCCUCAAGCUUUGUCAUCAGCUGUAGGUGCUGAUUAUGUGAACAACAAAACUGUACAAAAGGCUAAACGAGAAGCUGUAGAAAAUUUCAAAAAUAUUUCUUCUGAGAGUGAUGAAGAUGAUGAUGAAGCUGAAUUUAUUAAAGAAAAAACUUCUAUACAAAGCACAAGUAUGGAGUUAAAAUUUGAAAUUGAACAAUUUUCCUUUGCUGUGUCUCGCAGAAUCAAAAAGGAGGAUGUGAAGAUGUUAAAAUUUGCAGUUCAUAAUUUAGGAACUAAUGUAUGCAUGCGGACAUUUGAUAUGACAGCUGAUAUUUAUUUGGGUGGUAUAAUUUUGGAACACUCAGAAUUUCAAAGUCCUAAAGGAGAACCUUUGAAAAUGAUUUCAACUACUUUGAAUGAAUCUGAUGAAAACCUAUUUUCACUCAAAUACUUAUCAGCGAAUAAAAAAGCCCCUGAUUUUGCAGCUAUGUAUGAUUCUAUUUUGCAAAAUAUUAAAGUUGAUUUUCGAGAGAUAGAUAUAAUUCUACAUCAAGAAGCAAUAUUAAGCAUCAUGGAUUUUUCUAACAAUCUUCUUUCAAGUAUGCAGUCAUUAUCUGAGAAACCUGCUACUGUAACACCAGCUCCUUGUUUUGGUAAAGAGCCUGUAAAAAAGAAGUCACACAGUGAGGAGAAAGUUAAGCCAAAACUUGUAAGUAAAAGAAAGGUUGAUUCACAGCUCAUCAAUAUCCAACUUAAUGCUUCUUUAGAAUCAAUAAGGCUGAUUAUUUGCAACAAGAAAUAUGAGAUUACAGACAUAUCUAUCAAAGGUAUGAAUGCAUCAGUUACAGUGCAGAAAUUGAAAACUUCCUUGUCUGCAUCCCUGAAAGAUAUGAUUGUCUAUGAUCCAUCACCCAAAGCACUUUAUCCUCAGAUUAUAAGUUCUGUUGCUGGUGAAGUUCUUGAUGUAAAAUUAAUUAUUUUCAAUGAUGCUACUGAUGAUGAAAAUUACAUUAACAUGUCUGCGAUAGACAUGAGCAUUUGUGUUAGUUUUGGGAGAAUGAAAAUCAUAUUUUUGAAUAAAUUUGUAUCCUCGCUUCUUAUGUUUCUAGACCAUUUUCAAGCUGCUAAAGACAGAGUUGCAGAAGCAAGUGCUGUUGCUGCUGAAGUUGCAAAACAAAGCAUGGAAGAAGUGUAUGAAAAAUCUACGAGGAUAUCAUUGGAUAUUGUAAUACAGGCACCUGUGAUAAUUACACCACAGAACUCCUUGUCUACUAAUACAAUUGUUGUAGAUCUUGGAAUCUUAAAAAUUAUGAAUCAUUUUAUGCUUGGCGAAAAAAAGAAUGAAUUAGGAAUACCAGCAAUAUUUGAAGAAAUGGUCCUGGAUUUACAGAAUCUUCAGCUGUUUAGAGCCUUGGUGAAACCAGAUACUGGAGACAUAAUUGCUCAAUGCUUAAUAUUAGAACCAAUUAGCUUUACUUUGGAAGUCACUAGGAAUCAUUCUUUCAGUUGGCAUACUGAGCAACCAGAAAUGAAGAUUUCUGGGAAACUUGCUGCUGUGAAGGUAACUCUGAGUCAAGAUGAUUAUAAUACAGUCAUGAAAGUUUUGAGUGAAAAUUUAGCUGAAACUCCUGAAUGUUCCCAGCCCAAAAUUUCAGUUUCUGCAACUCCUAAUUCAGUGGAAACUAAGACAACCUCACAGACUGUUUCUGCAGUUCCUGAAAAACGUAUCUCUGUCUGUGAUGUUGUUCCUUGUAAAGUGCAUAAUAGAUUUAACUUUCUGUUCAUUUUGGAUAGUGUUGUAUUGACUCUUUGCCAUGGAGAAAUACAAUUAACAGAAGGUUUAAGUGAGAGGGAGAAAUCGUGUUCAAUAGCUGAAGUACAAAUCAAAGCUCUAGAAGCUCAUGCAGUGAUGAUGUCUGAUUCUUCUAUGUUGGCUGAAGUAUUUUUAAAAGAUGUUAUUCUGGAAGAUACAAGAAAAACAAGAAAAAGUGGUGUCACUAGAUUGAUGGAAAGGUCUGCAACAGAGGACGUAGGAAAUAUGAUCAGUGUAGAAUUUAAGCAGAGCAAAACAGGAGAAAAAACUUUGCAAACAACUGUCUCUAGUUUUUCUUUAAUUUUUUGUCUUGAUUAUAUCAUGAUGCUAAGAGAGUUUUUCUCUGGCUCAUCAUCAUCAUCAGAUCAACCUCAGACUGCCCAGGUUUUAUCAGAAUCAAAUGCUUUGAAACCAAAACAGUCUGUAGUCUCUACAGCACCUCAGUCCUUGUCCGAGACCAGUCUAAGUGAUGCUAGUGGUGUGACUGUGAUAUAUUUGAAAGUUGAGCAGCCUGAUAUAGUUCUUAUAGAAAACAUUGAAGAUGUAAAUUCCAGUGCUAUUUUUCUUAAUAAUGAAAUUGAUUUAAAGAUGACCAUUGCUGGAAGCUCUCAAGCUAUAUCUGGAUCUAUAAAUAACCUUACCUUCUACACUGCUUGCUUUAAUGCAGAAAAAAGGAGUGAAACAUCUGCAAAGAUUUUAAGUCCUUGCCAUAUUGAUGUUCAGUGCAACUUCCGUGAACAUUCACAGCACUUGGAUGUUAUAUUUAGGGAUCUUAUUUUCCACAUUUCGCCAGGAACAGUAACACUGAUAACAAGUAUAUUAUCAUCAAUUGUUUCAGAGCCGGUUAAAGUUGAAGAUAAAGCUACUGUAGAAGAAAAAUAUUAUAGUGAUUUAUGGACAGUUAAAUCUUUGAAAGAUGAAAAAUUUUGGUUCUUGGAAACAGUUGCUGCUGAAGAGGCUAUUUCGAUAGAAAAAGAAGAUUCCUUACAAGAUAUAGUGGCUCAGCCAGAAAUUCAUCAGCAGUUACUUUUAACCAUGCGAAAAGUAGUUAUAACACUCGAAGCAGGUGUUGGUACUCGCACAGUUCCCAUGCUCCUUAUGGAGUCAUCUUUUCAAGCAGAUAUUCGUGACUGGACUAGUAAUUUAUACAUUGGAAGUUCCUUUAGUCUUGAAAUGUCGUAUUACAAUGAAAAAAUAGCUGUAUGGGAGCCCUUGAUUGAGCCAAUUGAAACAUCAAAAGGUCAUCGCUCCUGGGAAUUAAUUAUGGAGCUUUCAAAAUCAGUAGAUGCUUUAGACCUGAGUCCAGAUGAAGAUGAACCUGAUGAAGUAGUAUUUGCCCCUCCUCAAAUGAGCAUUCAAGUUGCUGCUCAAGAUAUUUUAGAGCUUACUGUCAGUAAAACAAGCAUAGAUGUUCUCACUAAUCUCGGACAGGCAUUUCAAGAAGCUGUGAUCAAAGCAGUUGGAAAGGAACCAGCUGAACCGCAUGCUCCUUAUCAUGUUAACAAUUAUCUUGGAAUACCAAUAAACAUUAUUCUUAGCAAUGGUAUAUUUCAGAUUCUAAAUGAAGAUAAAUCCUAUAACUGUGUUACAUUAGAAUCUGGAUGUCCUUCUUUGCAUCUAACUUACUCUCUGCCGAAAACUGAUCCUUCUAGCAGGUUAUCAGUCUUAAAAAAACAAGAUGUCAAAGAUGAAACUUAUUUUAACAUAAUGAUAGUUCAAGAGGAUAUGACUGUUGAGAGAAGAAUUUCAGUUGCAUGUACUGACAAGCGUUUUUUCCAGUUACCUCGAGUUACUUAUCCAGGAAACAGAUGGGGAUUUGUUAUUUCAAUCCUUUCAUUAUAUGGUUCCAAGUUUGUUACAUUCCAUUCUAUAUUAAAGGUUCAUAAUCAUUUUUCUGUCCCUGUUGACAUUUAUUAUAUGAAGCCUUCGUUAAAUGAAGUAGAAUGGUGUGCGUGUGCAGAACCAAAUAAAACUGAAUAUAUCCCUCUACAUGCUGUUUAUACAUCAACUAGUGAACUGUUUUUCAAGCCUAAAAACCUUGAUCCAUCUUACACUCUUUCUCUUCCUCCAUUUGUAUGGAAAGAUUUAACAGAUGAUCCAAGUACUCAGAAAGUUGUUCAUUGCAAAGAUAAAUUAGGCAUUUCCAAGCCUUUUUAUUUAAGUGUUGCUGGUGAAGUUGAGCGAAUAUAUUAUGAAGAAACAAACAGAAAAACAAUGGCCAGUUCUUUGUACACAUUGAAUCUGAAUCCUACAGUAGUUUUGAGGAAUCUUCUUCUAUACCCAAUUAAUUAUUCCAUACAG